AUGGAUCUAAGCCAGUACGUUGAAGAAAACUAUGCAAAUCCGAAAACAUGCUUCUUUCAUGUGCUCUUCAAGGCUUCAGCUUUGACAUUUUACCUACUUUCUGCGCUGUUCGCUGAUAGCUUUGUUAUCAUCUUCGUGAUCACUGUUGUGCUUGCUGCUCUUGAUUUUUGGGUUGUCAAGAAUGUAAGCGGCCGUAUCUUAGUUGGGCUUAGGUGGUGGAAUGAGAUAAACGACCAAGGUGAGAGCGUGUGGAGAUUUGAGUGCCUUGACGAACAGUCGUUAGCUCGUAUUAACAAAAAGGAUUCCUGGCUAUUUUGGUGGACACUGUACCUUAAUGCAGCUGCUUGGAUCAUUUUUGCAAUAUUAUCGCUUCUAAGGUUUCAGGCUGAUUAUCUCCUGGUUGUGGGUGUUUGUUUGAGCCUUGGCAUUGCCAACAUCAUUGGAUUCACCAAAUGCCGUAAAGAUGCCAAGAAGAAGAUUCAAGCGUUUGCCUCUCAGACCAUUGCUUCUCGUGUCUCAUCUACAAUACAGUCAGCAUUUGGCGUGGUAUAAGUUGUCUGAAUGGCAAAGGAUUUCAUCAAAUUUCAUUGCCCAAAUUGCUUAACUAAGAUGGUAGGCACUGAAUACUAUUUCCCCAUAGGUAACCACAGAAAUAUACCACUGUUCUUUUUUCAUUUUUAGCUGGUGGUCAACAUCAGGUAAAUAAUGGCUUCACUUGCUCGAAAUUUCUAAUGCUCCUUGUCAUAUAUAAGGAAAGAUGUGCAAUUGUGAUCUUUGCCAAUA